AGAUGGGUUUCUAAAGCUCUCGGGAGCGUUUUAGAGUACAGUAAACCGAACGUGAGAAUUUAUUUCGGUUCGGUUUUGUAGAUUCCGGUUCAGCCUUAACCAAAUUGCAAAAGACAAAACAAUCCCAUUGCUAGAGACAGAGGGGCUGUGCUAAUUCACCAGACAUCAUUCGUCGUCUUCUCUGCCUCUCUCUCUCACCGACUCCAGGUAUUCAGCUGGAAGAAGAUAGAAACAAAAUCCAUGGCGGCGAACAGAUUCGCGACGAUGCUAAGCAGAAACACGAACAGAAUCACAGUGAUCUUAGUCUACGCCGUCCUCGAAUGGCUUCUCAUUGUGUUCCUCUUCCUCCACUCCCUUUUCACUUACCUUCUCGUGAAAUUCGCCUCUUACUUUGGCCUCAAGCAAAUCUGCCUCCUCUGCUCGAGGCUUGAUCCAGUCUUCGAGCGGAACCCAGAAACAGGACUCGCUUACAAGGAGCUCAUAUGUGAGAACCACGCCGUACAACUCUCCGGUUUGAGUUUCUGCAAAAACCACCGGAAAUUCGCAGACUCCAUGAAAAUGUGCUCAGAUUGCUCGGGCCGCGAUGAAGAUAAAGCUCCGCAGAGGAGUAUCAAUUUCGCAUUUUGCGCUUGUUGCCAGAAGAGCUCGGAAAAGAAAACCUACCCUAAUUACUUACUUCUCAAGUCAUCAUCUUGGGGAGAUUCUUCUCUGGGUUACAAAGAAAAUGGGGUUUUGAUCUUGGAAAUGAUCGAUGACGACAAAAUCGGAGAUGGAUUCGAGAAAGAGAGAGAAUCAGAUCGCUCAGAGGGCAAGGGACAAGAGCAGAACAACGGCGAAGUGGUUUCCGACGUCGACAGCUACGGUUUAAGCCUUAGAGAAGUGUCUGAAGAAGACGGCCUGAGAUCCAUAAGCACAAACUUUCUGGGCGACGAGGAUGAAAUCUCGGAGAUCCAACACUUUUCUGGGCAGCUUUGUUUCAAGGACGAUGAUUCGGUUAAGAUCAUGGAUCUGUCCGAUCAUGAGACUGUCGCAUGUGAUCCUGGCCGUUUGAUCCCAGUUGAGCUGAUCGAUUCAUCUACAAUCACCAACCAUGGAGUCAUCAACUUGAGAGAACAGGAUCAGGCUCCACAAGUUCAGCUGAAUGAUAAUGCAGGAAAUGUUCCAACAUGUGCAGAUGGGCGAGAUCAGAUUCCUGGAAACGAAGAAGAAACAGAAGGAGCAGAUUUGUUGGAUGAACCUUUUGGAACCAAGAAACUCGAUUCUAAGCCAGAAGAUGAAUCUUCUUUCAUCAUUGAUAAGAUCUCUGAAAGAUUCUGUCCUCUUCUAACAGGUGGGGAAAAUGUAGAAGAGGGAGAUGAUGAUCAAGGACAAGGAAAUGAGGAUCAAGAAGAAGAAGAAGAGGAGGAGGAAGAGACAGAGGAACAGAGGGAGGAGAAGCUUCCAGAGACGCCGACUUCAGGAGAUACUCUUAAUUCUUUGCAUAAGAAGCUGCUUUUGCUCGACGGAAAGAGAGAAUCUUCAGCUGAGGAAUCAGUGGAUGAGGGCAUAGCUACUGAUACGGACAGUGGGGAUCCGUAUCAGACCAUCGAAAAGCUGGCAACUUCUGUGAAAGCCGAACGAGAGGCUCUUCGUCUGUUGUAUGCAGAACUCGAGGAGGAAAGAAGUGCUUCUGCCAUAGCAGCCAACCAGACAAUGGCGAUGAUAACAAGGCUUCAGGAGGAGAAAGCCAAAGUUCAAAUGGAGGCGUUGCAGUACCAGAGAAUGAUGGAGGAGCAAGCAGAGUACGAUCAAGAAGCAUUGCAGCUCUUGAACGAUUUGAUGGUGAAACGCGAGAAAGAGAAGGAGGAGAUCCAGAAAGAACUCGAGGUUUACAGGAAGAAGGUUUUGGAGUAUGAGGCAAGAGAGAAGAAGGAAUCCACCCAUGACGAUGGUGUAGAUGACGAAAACGAGGAUGACGGAGAUCAGGGUGAGUCUUCGGAGAUGGAGAUGGAGAUGGAUUUGGAGAAGAUAACAAUGGAUUGCGUGAAACAUGUGAGCAUGCUUGACGAAUCUUUAACCGAGUUUGAGGAAGAGAGGUUAGCAAUUAUGGAUCAGCUGAAACUAUUGGAAGAAAAGCUACUGACGAUGCAAGAGGAUGAAUCCGCAGAGACUGCAAGGGACGACGGGUUUCCGGAGAAACUGACAAUGGCAUCAAUGGCAAAGAGUCUCCUACCUCUUCUAGAUGCAGCAGAAAACGAAACGGAAGACGGGUUUCAAGAAGAACCAGAAUCCAUGGAAAGGAGCGUAAGCUUGGGCGAGGAGAAACUAGAGAUCAUCAAGCAAGUAGACAACGUGUACGAGAGAUUACAAGCACUUGAGACGGACGGCGAGUUUCUGAAAAACUGCAUGAGUUCAGUCAAGAAAGGGGACAAAGGAGUGAGCCUUCUCCAAGAAAUCUUGCAGCACCUUCGGGAUCUGAGAAGCAUCGAAGACACAGAAAGUUAAGGCGGAAGAGAAGCUGGGAUGUGUCCUUGUAACUGUCCUGUGUUGGAUUUUGAACGAAGACUUAUAGUUCAUAGGAUAUGCGUACUGCAUUGUCAGACAGCCGGCAGAAGAGCCGGAAAGAGUUCACACGGUCUGGUUCUUGCGCUAUUCGCCUUCUCAAUGUGAUGAUGAGCCGCCAUCUGAGUGCUUCUGGUUUGUUUGUCUGUUACUGUUGGUGAUGGCGGGGACUCUCUCUCUCCAAAUUUCAAUUAGUUUUUUUUUUUUGGCGAUGUCUUAAUUUGAAUGCGUAAACUACCACAGAGAUUCAUGAAAUAAGGGUAUCUGUCCGACUGGAAAAAAAAAA